AUGAAAAGGUCUGAAAAGGCUCACGGCGAUGUCAACACUGCAACCAUCAAGGUGGGGGGACAGAAGCCUGAUGAUGUUCUUCUCUUCCCGUCAUCCUUUGCGCCCGCAUCGGGAAUGAUACCAAUGCCAACUGUUGGUAUUGCCAUAUUCACCAAGCCCGGGCGCGCUGCCGUGCCGGGAAAUGGCAACACAGAUAAUGCAGGGGAGGAUGGAAACCUCAACAUCCCGACUGUCGUCAUCCCCACCCUCGGUGUGUUCGUGUUUCUGGUUAUUGUGGGGCUCGCCAUGAGAUACCGAGCUGGAAGGACAAACAAACAUCAUCAGAGUUUGGAAGAGGAGAUGGAGAUGAACUGUGGUUCGGCCGGCAUGCGACAACUAGCGGUUCCAGACCAGAUAGUCAACCUGACUGCCAAGCCGCGAAGAACCUCUGAGUCGUCCCUGGAAAUUUCGGUCGACUGCACUUCUCCUCUCAUGGCUGCCACUGACAAGAACCUUCCGGUACCAGAUCAGAUAGUAAGCUCUACUUCUCUCCGUCAAAACACUUCUGAGUUGUCCCUUGAUGUUUCUUUAGAUUGUACUGCUCCUCUCAUGGCCAGCGUUGACGAAAGUAACCUACUCCACAAUGACGUGUUGUCGAAGGACGGUUCUCAGCCAAAUUCUCUAAAUCUCUGGCCCGCGCUCUCAGAAGAACCGACGCCCGUGAGGUUCCAGAAAAUGGCAUCAUCAGGCCUCUAUAUCCACCAGUUUUCCCGUCAUUUCGGCCACGAUGGCGGAAAAUUGGCCUUUCCGAAACUGUCCGAUGUUGAGGUCAUCGUCCCCCGCGGGGCAGUUCCGAAAAACAUGAACGGGAAGCUGGAAGUUGAAGCCCGAGUGGUGAGACCGGAGGUCAACUUGAACCUGGCGGAUGCAGAACUGGGGACGAAACGCUGUACCGAACACGAGCUCCAGCUGUCCCCGGCAGUCGAGAUCGUAGCCAAGGGGAUAGCCAAGUUCGAUAGACCCGUCACCAUCCGAAUCCCGCACCGCGCGAGCAUCGACCAAGCCGAUUGGUCGCCGCGAGUGCGCUGCAGCGAAUCACCGGUCGGCUCUCGGAUGCAGUGGAGGGACAUCCCCGCUGAGAGUAAGGACAACAACUCGGCCGUGGUGGACUGCUGCUACACGUACGACGCCAGCUACGUGUACGUCAAGACGACGCACUUCACUACUUACGUGGUCACCGAGUGUUGUAAGAAGCGUAAGCCGCUGGACCUGCAGUGUGUGGUGUUCGGACAGUACGUUGAGCGCGGUGAGGAACAGGAGGUGAUCUUCAGGGUCUACCUAUGCGACACCAUAGCAGACCACCAUCAGAGUCUCCAGAGCGACGAGUCCCGGAGCGGCGGGCGGGAGGUGUGCAUACCCCGCCAGCUGAGCCUGGCUGACGGCAAGAGUGACAUCAUCGUGACGUUGCUGGAUGACGUCAGCGACUCAUCGUGGCCAUGGACUGUUGACAGCCUCCAUGGAACACAGACUAGUCAACAGUCCAUACAAGUCCAGAGCUGCAUCAAGUGUGUGAAGUGCAGCCCGGCGCGCAGAGCACCGUUCGCCCAGUUCAUCUGCAAACCGACAGACCCUUCCGACAGACAGUCCCACAUCGUGGCGUCCUUCCGGGUCAAACAGGACGUCCAGAAGACGUCGCGACGGAAAAAGGCCGAGGUGGACGACAUCAAACCCCUGAUUAUGAGCGUACGAGACUUUGAACUCAUAAAGCAAAGGACCAAGACUUCCACAUGCCAGCCGUUACCAGAACGGGAGCUGACCACCAAAGUCGCUGGACUCAUCCCCAGGAAGGAACUGAGUCCCUUAGCCAGGCAUCUCGGCCUGAACGAUGUCGACAUGCAGGCGAUAGAGUGGGACCACCAGAGAGACGCCAGGGAGCAAACUAUCCAGGUGCUGCUGGCAUGGAGGCGGAAGGAGGGAUGUAACGCCACCUUUGACAAGCUGCUCGCUUGCCUGCGAUCUUGUGGUCUGAAAGAUGCUGCGGAUGCCGUGAGCCGAAUGCAUCCUUCGGAACGUGUUUCAGUUGCGUGAAGGUUCAAAACUCAAAUUUGAUUUGCGCCUGUACAGCGUUUUCUUCAUUAGACACUUCCAGGUACGGAAGUGUUGUUUUGGUGUCUGAGUUGUGAGUUUGUGUGGGCAGGGGACGACUCGACAGACAAAGAUAAUAGGAAGUCAAAGAAUAUGGCCGCGAGCCAGGAGCUUUGGGGGAAUUCAGAAAGCUAUAAAUCUGAGGAUUGCAAAAGUCUGAAAUCCCCAAUUUUUGAAGAGUUGAAGAGUUGCUUUACCACGAGAGGGGGAUUACCUUCAAUAUUGUAUCGGACUGGGUAGCGCAUAUUGUGCUGGCCGAAGAGGGGUUUUAUCUAGCACAUGACCAUAUAUUGUAACUCAUAUUGUUAUCGAUAGUAGUUUGUCGUAAUAAUUGUAAGAUACUUUAAUUUUGUAGUACUGUCUUACUGCCACACAUUGUACUAUGUACGAUUGUCGAGCAAUAAAAUUCAUUCAUCCAUUCAGUGAUAAUUGUUCUCUGUAAAUAUCACUACUUUCAAUGUAUAGUGUAUAUCAACGGUUGGCCACUGAUACCUAACGUUAUCAUAUAAUUUCAGCCCAUCUGGUUGAAAUCAUUCGCUUGCUUGAUUUUCGUCGUGAGUCGAUAAAAAGAUGGGAAUCAUCCAGUGAUACCAAAUGGCGCCUUUUUGCUGAAGAUUAAUGGCUCGUCAUGCACGGCAGAGGCGCUUGCUGGUCCGGAUAUUUUUUAACCUCUGAAUUUGUAAAUCCUUGUAUGCAGAACGUGACUGAGUAGUAAUCCACGGGUAUGUACAUGGUGGUAAUGUCUGGAUAGAGCA